CUAGGUACUCCGGUGACCGUACGUCGCCUGUCUCUCCCGUCCUUCCUUUCCAGGUCCGGCUCAUUACGUCGCUGGGUCCAUCCAUGAUCCUAUCGAGACCGAACCGUGUGCCUUGGCCGAACUCAAUCAUUCAAUUCCACUGUGUCGAGCGAGACUAAAUAAUUGACCCGAAGCAAACAUCACCAUUGCACAGCGCCGCCUGCGAUCUGUCUGUUCUCCACGUCUUCACCUUGGCGCGACGAUACUUGACAGUGCACUGCUGCAGCUUCACGCCAAUGCCUCGACGUCGCCGACGCGACAGCUGACGACCCUCCCCCUCCUUUAGCGUCCCUGACGAAGUCCCCGCGAGACUACACCUUCGAUCCAUCACAGGCCCCCGCCCCAGCUUGAUGAGCUGAAGCCCAUGGCUUCUGCCAGCAGGAAGGCUGUCCUAUCUGAGCUGUUGCAGCGCCGGUGACGCCCCCGACGUCUCUGUCCGAACUUCGCCCUUUCCCCGAAACAAUGCCAGCUUUCAUACGCUGUCCGACGCGGCAAAUAGCGCAACAUUAUGGAACUAACAGGGCCUUUACAGCUCCAGCUGUCCGGUCGGUUCGUUCGCGCUUGAUCACAGGCCCCCGAACACUUGACGACAAGCCUUCGUCUUCCACGGUACCGAUACUAGCAUCGAAGCGUAACUACACCUCCCAGAGUGCUGUUGUUCGACGGCCUGCGGCCCGAUCGCCAAGGUCGCCCGAGAGUCGACGACAAUGCUCACCUCGAUGUUUACCGGAAGAUUUCAAAUCGCCGAGCCUUGGAAACCAUCGGUUUUUCCACAACUACUUUGUCACUCACCUUCCAUCGUCCUCGUUGCACCCGGAUUCUCGCAUGUCAGCUGGGCCUGGACACAAGCUGCCCCGCGAUGCCUCGACCCCCCACACACAGACGCCGGGAUCUUCGCCAGCUGCAGCAGCUCUGAACAUGCCCAGCCGAGACCUCACCGUUGUCCGAAUCCCGCUCAAGAGGGCCAAGCAUCAUUUCGGGGUUGCUUCGUCGAGGGGCCAACGCUCUUACAACGAGGAUACCAACCAGGCCGGCACCAUCAGCAUGCCAGCGUUUGCCAAGAGGGCUCCUAUUAGUCUUCAGAGAAGGCCGAUUCAGAAGCCCAACGAGGCAACGUCCGCUGACAGCGCACUCGGUGACCCUCAAGUCUUUUACUUUGGCAUUUUUGAUGGCCACGGUGGGACCCAAUGUGCCGAGUUCCUGCGAGAUGAACUGCAUGGUUACAUCGAGCAGGCGUCCGCAGACUUUGGACUUCAGAGCAGCCUGAAGACAAGCCGACAAGAGACGGGCCGCAAGGACGAGGACCCCGAGAGAUCCGAAGAGCUCUUCAUGAAAACUGAAGAGGAGGUCAGGGACGAGAUUCGAGUUCCGGAGCAAGAUAAGCAUGGCGUCUUGAAGAACCCCGAGAGGAAGGAGCCCUUGGCGGGAGUCGAUCCAGUCUCAGCCAAGGUAGACGAUAUCCCCAAGGCUGUCAAGCUGGAACAAGAACUGGUAGAGGAAUAUCGGCAGACCGUUGGCGGGUACUUCAGGCGUUUCAACCCCCAGUACUUCAAACUCUCGGACGACAAAAAGGAGAACGACAUUGACGAAACCCCGGUGACGGUGGAGUCGGUUCUCAUGUACGCCUUUCUUAGGGCAGACCUAGACUUCAUUUCUGCUCAGGCUCGCAAGCCCGACCCUGACGACCCCCAAGCGAGCGACCGCCCUGUAAACCACGACGAAAUCCUCGGGGUGCCGCAUAAACCGCCAUCCGGGCACGGUAUUGGGGGUCUUUCGCGCUUCAAAGGCGGCUCGACGGCAUCUAUAGUCCUCAUCUCGACGCCCACGCCCGCACCCUUCUGGCACCCCAAUGCGCAAUCCACCUUGAUAGUUGCGCAUGUUGGUGACACACGCAUUCUUCUCUGCCAGACAACCACCGGCCUUGCACAGCCCCUGACGUCAGAUCAUCAUCCCACCACGCCCACCGAAAGUCGUCGCCUUCGUCGGUACGCGCCGGCGGGAUCCAUGGUCUCGGCAGACAGCUUCGGCGAGGACCGAAUCGCCGGGCUCGCCAACAGCCGCGCAUUCGGUGACAUGCGCAGCAAGCGGAUCGGUGUGUCGGCCGAGCCAGAAAUCACCCGCGUCGAAGUCGGCCCGGCCGAGUACUCGUUCCUGGUCCUUAUGAGCGACGGCAUCUCGGGCACGCUCAGCGACCAGGAGAUUGUCGAUGUAAUCAAAGAGGCCAGGACGCCCGAGGAGGGCGCUAAGGAUGUGGUCAACUACGCCACCGAGGUCUCGCACGACGGUGACAAUGCCACGUGUCUUGUCGUCAGACUCGGUGGAUGGGAGCGCCGGUCUGAGGGCGGAGUCGGCAGCCUCGGGACCAAGGAGAUUCGCGACAAGAGGAGGACCGAGGCGCUGGAUCCCCGGCGAGGCAAGCAGUGACCCCGCAGCUGUGACACAUCCGUCUUCGGGUUUUGGGGAGGGCCUUGUUGCCAUAGAACAAGUAAAACCAUCUCCUUUC